UAUGGCAACCUAACGACUACUUAAACCAUAUGUUUUGUUUAUUUACAACAUAUUCAUUAAAAAUUAAUGAAACCGAAAAACAAAUUUUACUUAAACAGCUAAAAUUUGCAAACAAAUAACAAUGAGUGAGGAUAUAUCGAAUACAACAAACAUAUUCAAUACAAAGUUAACUAAGCAAGGAACCGUGCAUAGUGAAAAAGGCAAAUUAUUAAGAUUUGAAGAAAUUAAUAUUCCAAUAGGCCAAACCAGUGGAAUAAAGCCAUCACCCACCGCGACAGGAAAGAACGCUUGGAUUAGCAAAGCCCAUAUCACUACAAACGCAUGCCUGAGUAAAUCACGACUUACAAACAAGGAAUAUAUGACAACACAAAAAGUAUAUGAUGUGCUCAAAGAACCUGACGAUUAUAGCCCAUUUGGGUGUGCGCUAUCUCUAAAACCAAAUAAUAUGAAAUGUACAAAUAAAAGCGUUCUUCUUAAUUUCCCACCGUUACUUAAUAUCCCGAUAAAGAAACAACUUGCAACAAAUAGUAAUGAGGCGGCGCUUCGUUCUAAACCUAAAGUUGCAGUAAAAAUUUCCAACGAAGAUGCAUCGCCUGCUGCCCCGAAAACUGCGUCAGUUGAUGAUACAACAACUACAAGUCCAACAAUAAUGAGACCAACUGCAGCGGUUUCUAUAACAAAGCCAACGGGGUUGACCGAAAGUUUGAUGAUUUCUGUAGUAAAGCCAUUGGAAGUUGACCGCGAUACCGUACAGACUCCAACUACAAGUGCAACAAUUAUGAGACCAACUGCAGCGGUUUCUUUAACAAAGCCAACAGAGUUGAACGAAAGCCUGAUGAUAUCUGUGGUAAAGCCAUUGGAAAUUGACCGCGAUACCGAACAGACUCCAACUACAAGUCCAACAAUAAUGAAACCAACUGCAACGGUUUCUAUAACAAAGCCAACGGAGUUGACCGAAAGCCUGAUUAAGCCAAUGGAAAUUGACCGCGCUGCCGCAGAGACUCCAACAAUAAUGAGACCAACUGCAGCGGUUUCUAUAACAAAGCCAACAGAGUUGAACGAAAGCUUGAUGAUUUCUGUGGUUAAGCCAUUGGAAAUUGACCGCGAUACCGUACAGACUCCAACUACAAGUCCAACAAUAAUGAAACCAACUGCAGCGGUUUUUAUAACAAAGCCAACAGAGUUGAACGAAAGCUUGAUGAUUUCUGUGGUAAAGCCAAUGGAAAUUGACCGCGAUGUCGCACAGACUCCAGAAACAACAGCAACGACGUCAGAAAUUACUUCAGGAAUGUUUUCUGCCGCUACAAUAACAACGGCAGAAAUUGAAAAUUUGAAAUCAAUUACAACAAAAACAACAGUAACAGAAAUUGAAAGUUCCAGCUGUAAUACCACAUCAAAAGCUAGCAUGGAAAAAUUAGCAGCAGAAAAAAAUGAAAAGGCAACUACUAAGAUCAUACCAAUUUUAGCUCCGUCAGCUUAUACAACUAAAUCAUUGGCCGUUAAUAAUAUUAUGGAAAAGGCAAAAUCAAACAAAAAAUCCGUCAUGCGUUCAGUGCAUAUUCCACUUUCGAUUGCUUCGCAGGCACACAAAUCGCUAGCUAUUAAGGCAACUAAAACGCCAAUUCAUCCGUUAAGCAAAUCCCGUAAUUGCGUUUUAUUUACAAAUAAAUCAAACACAACUACUAAAAGUAACGGCAUUUUUAAAUUUAUUCCGAAAAACCCUUGGCCUAUGAAAUAUAUACCCGAUAAACGCGAUGACUCGAACACAAACGAUUCCAAUAGUAAUGACACACUUAGUAGCAAGGAAUCAGAAAAUGUGACUACAAAAGGGAAAGAAGUUUUGGUCAUAACAACGGACAUCAACACAAACAAAACGGCCGUUAAUAUACCAGUAGUGCCACUGGUAGGAAAACGAAAAUAUACUGAUCCAGCUACAAUGCCGAUACUUUCCUUUUCGUAUCAGAAAUCGCUUUCGGAAUAUAUUCGAAAAGCAAAGGAAUUUCACAAACGCGCCAAAAUGGAAAAAACAGAAGCUUCAGCGGCAACUGAUAAUUCGAAGAGUAUUGAAGAACAAAGUGUGAAAAAUAUGAUUUCAACCGACAUGGACGGUGCAAAUACUAAAGAUGGUAGCGGUAACAACGAUAAUGCGAAUAUGAAUGGUUACGAUGAAUCUAAUCUUACACAAGGUGAAACCACUGAAGAACGGCAAAACCAGUUAACGGCAAUAAUGAAUGAAGAGUCGAAAAAUGUCGAACCUCCAAAGAAAGAAAAAGGUACAGGUACAACUAAAGAUUUAGAUAAACAGAGAGAUAUAGAAAAAAUUGAAAGCUUAGAAAAGGUGAAAGAUAUGGAAUCGACAAGCCUAGAUAACCCAAAAAAUUUGAAAUCGACCGAAGGCACAGAAACAAUAACUGACGUGGAAUCAACGCCAAGCAUAGAUAAAUUAACAAAUAUUGAAUUGGACCAGAACACAGAAACCCUAGAAAUCGAAUCAAGUGAAGGCAGAGAUAACGUAAAAGAAGUGGAGUCAGCCGAAGAUACAAAAAAGCUAAAAGAUAUCGAAUCAGCGGAAGGCAUAAAUAACGCAAUGGAAGUGGAUUUAGCCGAUGACACCAAAAGCGUAAAGAAUAUCAAUUCAGCUGAAGCCAGAAAUAACACGAAAGAUAUGGAAUCGACGGUAGGUAUCGAAAACCUAAGAGAUGCGGAAUCAGCCGAAAAGACAAAAGACCUAAAUGUUAUGGAUGCAGCAGAUGGCACGAUAAAUCUAAAAGAUAUUGAAUCAGCUAAAUUUAUAGAUAGCCUAAUAGAUUUGGAAACAACGGAAAGUGCAGAUAACCUCAAAGAUGUGGGAUCAACCGGAAGUUCAAAAGACCUAAAGAACAUCGAAACAACUGAAAACACAAUAAACCUAAAAGAUGUGGAAUUAACCGAGAGGACAGAAAACUUUACGUAUAUGGAAUCAACUGAAUGUGCAGAUAAUCGAAAAAAUAUUGCCACAACAGCAGAUAUGGGUAACCAAAUAGAUAUUGAAUCUGAUUUAUUUACCUUUGAAAUAUUCAACAAUGUCAGUGGUAUUAGUAAUACAAGCACCCGCAAUGAGCGUACCCAAACAAAGGACAGCACAAUAAAGAUUCUGAAAAAUAUUUUUGAAUUGAAAGAAAAAGUUAAACAACAAGCGGAAGAAAUAAUAUCGCUAAAAGCUGCGAUGAAAUUGUUAAAAACACCAAAUAUGUUGAGUAGACCUUAAUUAAUACGUUAAUAUUAUAUGAUUAUUAAUAUUAUGUGAUUACAACUAAAGAACGUGUAAAGAAAUGUUUGAAAUAUUUGUAUUCAAAUAAAAAUAAUUUUGUAAAAAAAUA